AUGGAUUAUAAGUCCAGCCUGAUCCAGGAUGGGAACCCAAUGGAGAACUUGGAGAAGCAGCUGAUCUGUCCCAUUUGCCUGGAGCUGUUUACCAAGCCAGUGGUCAUCUUACCGUGUCAGCACAACCUCUGCCGAAAGUGUGCCAAUGACAUCUUCCAGGCCGCAAAUCCCUACUGGACCAACCGGGGUGGCUCGAUGUCCAUGUCUGGUGGCCGUUUCCGCUGCCCCUCCUGCCGCCAUGAGGUGAUCAUGGACCGGCACGGAGUGUACGGCCUGCAGAGGAACCUGCUGGUGGAGAACAUCAUCGAUAUCUACAAGCAGGAGUGUUCCAGUCGGCCCCUGAAGAAGGGCAGCCACCCCAUGUGCAAGGAGCACGAAGAUGAGAAAAUCAACAUCUACUGCCUCACCUGCGAGGUGCCCACUUGCUCCAUGUGCAAGGUGUUCGGGGCCCACAAGUCCUGUGAGGUGGCCCCGCUGCAGGAUGUCUUCCAGGGACAAAAGACGGAACUGAGUAACUGUAUCUCCAUGCUGGUGGCGGGAAACGACCGUGUGCAGACCAUCAUCACUCAGCUGGAGGACUCUUGUCGAGUAACCAAGGAGAACAGUCACCAGGUGAAGGAAGCGCUAAGCCAGAAGUUUGAUGUACUGUAUGCCAUCUUGGAUGAGAAGAAGAGUGAGUUGCUGCAGCAGAUCACGCGGGAGCAGGAAGAGAAGCUCAGCUUCAUCGAGGUCCUCAUCCAGCAGUACCAAGAGCAGCUCGACAAGUCCACCAAGCUGGUGGAGACAGCCAUCCAGUCCCUGGACGAGCCUGGUGGGGCCACCUUCCUCUUGAGUGCCAAGCAACUCAUCAAAAGCAUUGUGGAAGCUUCCAAGGGUUGCCAGCUGGGGAAGAUAGAGCAGGGCUUUGAGAACAUGGACUACUUUACUGUGGACUUAGACCAUGUAGCAGACACCCUGAGGGCCAUCGACUUCGGAACAGAUGAGGCAGAAGAAGAAGUCAUUGAAGAAGAAGACCAGGAUGAGGAGGAGUCCACAGAAAGGAAAGAAGAAGAAGGUAAGAAACCCAUCUUCCUCCAUUCAUUCAUUCAUUUGCUCUUUCAUUCAACAACGUGA